AUGCCUUCUCGAGUAGACGACUCGAUUCCCUCAGAAGGCUCCGUAGCUUGGGUCGACAACCUCCCCAUCACCUCUAUCAAAUUAGAAGCCUUGAAACGCCCCUGCUGCGUCAAGAGCGCCGUCUCCAAAUCCCACGGCCACUUCACAUACGAAAUCGUGUUCGGCGGCAGCUGCUCUCUUUGGGAAGGCCGUGUCCGCGUGCCUGAAGGCGACACCAGCGUCGAAAUUCGCCUAGCCUGGAAUAAACACGUUGCGAAACAUCCGAAAGGCUCCGAGAUCGAACCUAUGCCAUUUAUCGUCAAUCCUCGGAACGAGUUCGGUUGCGAUUCUGUUGUCGGAAACAUCGUCGAGGAGGGUCAGAGGGUUACGGGUGGAGCGUGGUGGUACAGGCGAACGUUACAAGUUCAGAUCGAAGAUACGACGUAUGAUGGGUCCGUGUACAUGCGAAAGACGGAUGCGAGAACGGCAGCGGCGAUUGAAGUCGCCAAGAUCGAGAUGGCGCAUGCGUUUGAUAAGGAGAGAGAUGCUGCGGAUGCGAUCAGGUCGAUUGAAGAGGUUCCGGAGAAAGUGAAGGACAAGAAGACGUUCGAUUUCGUGACGUAUCCGCAGCAAGGGCGAGGAGUGGAGGUCAUAGCUGAUGAUGUCCAUGGGUAUGACUUGUGGAAGCAUCGCGUUGCAGUGACGAGUGUGAGAAAAGUGGGGAUGAGGAGGGAUGUCAGGUUCCGUUUGCUGCUGCCGGACGAUGAGGAAUUCUGGUUCCAAGGAGUAUUGGAGGACGACAUGAAGAGGGGAAGGUUUGAGCAGCUCGAAGUAGGAGAGUGA